AUGACAGGCUUGGACAUUGAGAAAGAUCAAAUCAUCGAGAUGGCAUGCAUCAUCACAGACUGUGACCUGAACAUCGUAGCUGAAGGGCCCAACUUGAUUAUCAAGCAGUCAGAUGAGCUUCUGGAUGGGAUGUCUGACUGGUGUAAAGAGCAUCAUGGAAAGUCAGGACUGACCCAGGCCGUACGAGACAGUAAAGUUAUUCUGGAACAAGCAGAAUACGAGUUUCUAUCCUUUAUCAGGCAGCACACCCCCCCUGGACAGUGUCCUCUUGCUGGCAACUCUGUUCAUGCAGACAAGAAGUUUCUGGAUAAGUACAUGCCACAGUUCAUGCACCACCUUCACUACAGGAUCAUUGAUGUGAGCACCAUCAAGGAGCUCUGCAGACGGUGGUUUCCAGAGGAAUAUCAAAAGGGGCCUCACAAAAGCUCAACUCACAGAGCUUUGGAGGACAUCCAGGAGAGCAUUAAAGAGCUGCAGUACUACAGAGCCAGCAUCUUCAAAGCUUCAGCGGAGGAGAAGAAGCGCAAAGUUGUAGACGAAGCAGGCAACAACUUGAAUUAGCCGAGACCACGAAGAAAUGCAACUCGUUUCACUGAACAGAGCCGUUUCACUGGGUGCAUGAAUUGGUUUUAGUUUCUGUUUAAAUUUGGCUUCACAGCAACUUUUCAGUGCCUCUCACAUUUAAGUUUAAUUGCAGGAAGCAGAAUUCAAAGAACAGGUAAUUAAAUAUAUUUAAAGUGAAACUUACAGGCUACAUGUUUAGUUUUCACGUAUUCAGGUAUACGGACGGUGCGGUCCAUUUAGGCAGGGUGGACAACACGUUUCACCGUGCUCCAUAUACUGUGUGUGCACGAGGUGCUUUUUAUUGUACUGCCUGAACUGGUAGUUUGUUGGCAUUCUGACUUUCAUUACCUGCGCAAGACAAAGUAUUCACAUUUAUCUUUGAUAUUAUCUUUGUAUGAAUGAAUGAAUUGUACAAGCAAGCACACAUUGGAUGUACAUGUACUGUAUUUACUCGUGUGUUUUGAUAACGGUCUCCGUUGCAGUGGAUGAACGUCUGUUUUCAGUUUCUGUAGAAUCAAUUAAAAACUCGUUUCA